AUGAAAUUUGCAAAGACUUUGGAACGGGAGUUGAGCGGAGACAUCCCCGAGGAAUGGGUAGAAGCAGCCAUCAAGUACAAAGCAUUGAAGAAAUGUAUCGGUAAAGUUGUCGAUGAGUUGAAAUUUCUCGGUUUGGAAAAGAACAAUUUGAAACUAUUGAUCAAUGACAAAGUGGUUGAUGUUGGAGACGAUCAAGAAGAGGCUGGCAAAACUAGUCACCCCAAUCCGAUUAUUGCCGAGUACACGUUGAGAAAAGAGUCACCCGAAGGCCCCAAGAUUCAACCUAUGCUUAACAUCAUUUUGGACUUUAGCAAUGAGAAUUUGUCGGAUGCUAGCAUCACCAAGACUAGCAAUGAAAUCAAGCUGAAACUUGAAAGCUUGUUGAAUAAUGAAGAUGCUAGUGGACAAGAUGAGGAGAAGAUAAUUGAAUUGAAGGAGGAAAACGAUGGCGAGUUGAGAUUGGUUUCAAGCAGAGAAGGCUCGUUAUCUCCACCAUCAUCACCACCACUAUCACCACCACCACCACCAGCAUCUGAAGUCGACAAGAUUUCAAAUAAUAUGGAUGCUCUUGUGCUACAACCUGGAACCAGCCACAAGAAACGCGAGAUCCACAUUGUUCUCAACUCCGACGGCAAGUUUUUCAAAAUGUUGGAAGAAGAAUUGGAGGCAUUGGACUCUGUGCGCAAGACCGAGGAGUCGAAAAUCAUUGACGAGGUGCAAGCUGUAGCUGAUGCGGUGACUCGUUUGUCCAAUAUUCAAGCCGAGCUUUACAAAUGGCGAGAAUUGUUCAAGAUCUACCUUGACUCCGAAGUCUAUUUCCGCUACAAUGACCAGUUCCGCGAACCACGCAAUGAAGAAGAAAUCAAGAAACAAUUGGAUGAGUUUAUGGUCAACGCCAACAAGUCCGGGGUCAUUGCUCAAUUCAAAAAGAAAACCAGUCUUGUUGCAUUCAACGAUUUCGUAGCUAUGAACUACCAUUUGUUCAAAUUACUCCAGUUCCAAACCAUAAACACCGAGGCGUUGCGUAAGAUCCUCAAGAAAUUUGAUAAACAAACGUCGCUUGGGAUCCAGGAUAUUUACCCCAAGUUAGUUUCGUCGGACCACAUUUUCGUGAGCGGGAAAUCAUUAGCUCAAUCCAUCUGCUUUGUCAUUCAAAACUCAAUCCUUCAGCUUAUUCCUCAAAUCGAUGACUAUUCCUGCCCCAUUUGCAUGACGAUUGCCUUUAAGCCGAUUAGAUUGUCCUGUGGACACGUUUUCUGUGUUCGAUGCUUGGUCAAGUUGAAGAAAGAUGCCAAGACCAAUUGCCCCAUGUGCAGAUUGCCCGAUGCGAUAGCAGAUGCUGAUUCGACUAAUUUGGAUUUGAAAAAUAUGGCAUUGAUGAAGAAAUAUUUCCCUAUUGAAGUCAAGGAGAAAGUACGCGAUAGAAGCAAGGAACGGUUCAAGGAAAUGAAGAGAAGUAGAGGUGAACGAUGCUGCAUCAUGUAG